UUUCGAAUUUUGUUAGUAAGUCCAAUGUUUUAUUCUGAGCCUUCUCUCCGUUCAGUUGCUCGAAAAUCAUUAAAUAUUUAUAAUGAAUUGGCUGCUACAGGAGCAUUUGAGUUCAAUAAAUGUGGCCGAGUUUAUUUAUCAUCUAGCGAUGAAUCAGAAACUCAGGCACGAAGAUUACUUACUCGAUUAGUUACUGACCCUUCAAGUUCUUUUCAAGUUGAAGCAAUUGACUGUCCUAGUGAAAUGUUGGCAAGAUGGCCUAUGCUUGCAACAGAGGAUGUUAAGUUAGCCGUUUUCUCCCCUUUGGAUGCAACAAUUGACGUUUCUGGACUUUCUCGUAUUUUGGCAGACAAUUGCAGAGAAAUGGGAGUUCAAAUUUUUGAGAAUUGCUCCAUUAAAAAAGUUUUGAUAAACGAGGAGAGCAGAGUUUAUGCUGUUGAUACUGAUGAAGGUUUUAUUGAUGUAAUGGCUUUUGUUGACGCUGCAGGAAUUGAUUCUAGUCUUGUUGAUGUUUUGGGCCUUCCUGAUGCUGACCAUCCAGUCAGAAUUGCUGCCCAUCCUUGUUCAUUUACUUUUCUUUCUACUGAUCCUUUACCUCAUUGUCAAUCAUCUAGUCAAUCACAACCUGUUUUUGUUUGUAUGGACGAAAAUACUUUUAUUUGCCCUUUAAAGACAAAAACAAUUUGUGGAGGUUUUACAAUGGAAGGUGGUGAUUUACAAGCAUUACCUCCAUCUUCACAAACUUCCAAAGGAUCGGUGACUGAAUGGCAUAUGCCAACACCUGUUUGGGAUAAUUUUCGCAUAAUUCUUCGCCAUUUGAUCGACAGAUGUCCUGAAUUGGCUCAAUUAUCUCGUGGUGAACUAAUGACUAGUGCAGAAAUGUACACACCAGAUAUGAAGCCUCUUAUUGGAGAAUCCGAUCAGGCUAAAGGUUUUUUCCUUGCUACUGGUCUUAAUGGACAAGGAGUCUCAUUUGCUGGAGGUUUGGGUUCAGUGCUUGCAGAAUGGAUUUUGAGUGGAUCAAGUAGCAUUCCUGUAGAUAAAUUGGAAUUAACUCGAUUUCUUCCUUUGCAUUCUAAUCCGCAUUAUCUUUAUUUACGUGUGCCGGAAAUUGCAUUCAACACUCUAAAGAAUCCUCUUUCAUCACAUCAAUGUCAUACAGCUAGAAAUUUACGUACUUCCCCAAUUCACCACAGUUUGAGGGAUGCUGGUGCCGUUUUUGCAGAAAUAAUGGGUUAUGAAAGACCUCUUUGGUAUAAUACAGCUUCUAAUUUUGAUCAAGAUAGAUUACCUCGCCCAUCAAAUUUCUCUGGCGAAGAUCAACUUGUCGGAAAACCUAAAUGGUUUCCACUUGUCUCGAAGGAAUAUUCAACUUGUAGAGAACGAGUUGGACUUAUUGAUAUGACAAGUUUUUCAAAAUUUGACAUUCAAGGCGCAGAUGUUGUUCCUUUAUUGCAACGCCUCUGUUCUGGAAAUAUUGAUUGUCCAGUUGGAACAACAGUUUAUACUGGAAUGCAAAAUGAUCAUGGAGGAUACUUGACUGAUUUAACUUUAAGUCGAAUGGGAUUGCACUAUUAUUUUAUAGUUGCUCCAACUGUUCAACAAGUUCGUUUAGCUCUUUGGAUUAAAAAAUGGGCAAAUGAAUGGAAAAUGAACGUUCAACUUCAAGAUGUGACAAAUGCUUUUACGGCAUUAGAUAUUGUUGGACCAGCAUCUAGAGCUUUAAUGAGUGAAGUUACUGGAAAAACUAUGUCUCCUAAUGAAUUUCCUUCAUUUUCUUUUAGAGAAAUGCAUAUUGGUUUAGCUGGUCCAAUUAGAGUAAUAAGUGUUACACAUUGUGGUGAACUUGGUUGGAUGCUUUAUAUUCCGAAUGAGGUUUUUUUAGAAAUUAGAACGAAAUUUAAAAGGAAAUUGAUGCGGAUAAAUCUAUGGAAAUUAGUACAUACAGUGGUGCACAAUUACUUUUGCACCAUGAAAAAUUCAGUGGCUCAAAAUGUUUAUGAACAAUUAAUUGAAGCUGGUUCUCUACAUGGAUUAAAGCAUUGUGGAUAUUAUGCAUUAAGGCAUUUACGUAUCGAAAAAUUUUAUGUUUAUUGGGGUCAGGAUAUUGGUAGUGGAACUACACCUGUCGAAUGUGGUCGGGCUUUUCGCGUUGAUUUUGAUAAAGAAUUUAUUGGAAAAGAAGCUUUACAAAAACAAUUAGAUAGAGGAGUAAAUAAACGUUUUGUUCAACUUUUAUUAGAAAAUCAUAAUUUGGAAACUGACCCGUGGCCUCAAGGGGAAGAACCGAUUUAUCGAAAUGGAAAAUUGGCAGGCUGGACAACAACCGCGGCAUAUGGAUUUACUCUUGGAUGUCACGUUUGUUUGGGCUAUAUAGAAAACAAAGAAUUUGGUUUGACAACAGAAUUUUUGAAUAAAGGAAGUUAUGAAGUUGAAUUAGCAGGAAAGCGAUUUACAUGUAAAGUUAAUUUACACUCACCUACAUUACCUAUGUUUUCAUCCGAACAUCCACAACAUUAUAGACCUACACAGUAA